GUUAGAAUUUUAAAAACUAAAACAAAUACUAUGUACCCACUAUUUUGAAAUUAAAAAUUAAAAAUUACAAUUUUUAAGCUACAACAAAUAACCAGUUAUGUUGUUAUGUUAUUGGAAGAGGAUGAUUGUGGAGGGCAAAUUGAUAAUAGGAGAAUGGCUCACGGCUUGCAAUUGCUGAUGGCUUCUAGAAGCCAAUUGAAAUGAAAAUAAAAGGCAAUUGAAGUGGCGGGAGACAGGCGAGAGCGCAUGUUGCCAAUAUAUCAUCAUUAAAGUUAAAGACAAUUUAAGUGACCGGAGACAAGAGUGGGAGGCGGGGACAUGGAGGAAAUUAUAGAGGGAUGUGAAUAAUAUUAUUAUUAUUAUUCUUAUUAAUCUAAAAGAAGCAAUGGGCGUCCCUCUCUUAAUUCUCUCCAGAAGUACGCUGGGCAAUAAUUUAUUAAUGCUUCCAAUUUCUCUGGUCUUCCUCGGCGCCUCAGCCCCAAUCUUCUUCUUCUUAAAGUCGCCUCCUUCCGUCCAGCAAAAUUGUUCAAAAAUAUGUAUAUAUAUGUGAGAUAUAUGUAUAUAUUAAUAGUGGGUAUGGAAGCAGUGCGCCAAGGAGCUUCCGUCUUCUUCCCGGCUCUUCCAUUCUCUGAUAAUCUGUAAUCCAUUCGUCUAUUCUCUUCGUAUGUAUUUAUAUGUGGAUAUGGAAGAGAAAGAGUGCGUUUGGCUUUAUCAUAGACGGAAGAAGAUUGCAAGCGUUGAAAUCUGUUGGUUGAAGAUGUCGGAUGUAUCAGCUUCUUGGAGAAGCCAUCGGACAGCAAGUCCGGUGAAGGAGUUUACGUUGCUGUAGCAGGAGACCAUCACUAGCAGCUAGCGGCAAGCAGCACUCUGGUGCCGUGAGAGUUUCCAGUGGCCAGAGGGGCGCUGUUGCAGGCAGCCAGUGACGGUAUAGUCGGGUCUCCGGUAACUCCAGCUACUGUAACGGCAAAAGUUAUCGGUUGUAACUUGUAACAGUGGCAGGGAUUUUCCUGUGAAACUCCAGCAGCUAUUCCGACAAGAGUAGUUGGCAAUACUUCUCCAGCUUGCUACCCUUAUUUUGUAGAAUUCCGUUUUAAGUUCAUGAGAUGGACUGACUGUUGAGAAAUCUACAACCCGAACCCCUUUAUAUCCCGCUACAAGGUCCAUUGGAUGGACAGUCUAUCUUGGAGAAACGCUCCUUAUCUCUCAUUCACCUUCGUUGAGAUAAUAAUUCUAACACGGCGGAGCUAGAAAUUUUAGGCAGAAUAAGUAAAAAUUAAACUCUAAACUCUAAAUUCUAUCUAAAAUUAAAAUAAUAUAAUAUUAUAAAAUAUAUAUUAAUAAAUUAUACAAUCGACAUAUUUUUAUAUUUUAAUAAUGUCGUCCAAUAAUAUCACUAUUAAUUUUAUUAAAUAUCUAUUUUUAAAUAUACAUAACUAAAUUAUCGUUCAAUAAUUAAUUUCCAAUUUAAUUGUAUAGCUGAGUCUUGAUAAGUUUCAUGAUAGACUAUUGUUUAAUUAUUAAUCUCUAAUUUAAUUAUAUAGUGAGUCUUGACAAAUUUUAUGACAGAAAAUAUAUUUUUUGUCAAGUUUCAAAUAUGUAAUUGAUAAAUUUGUAACAAAAAAUAAAAAAAAAAUUAAUCCCUUUAAUUAAAACAUAAUUAAAGAAACGGUCAAAAGAGAUUAACAUGCACAAAAGAAAAAUGGGUCAAAUUUUCAUAUGUCUUAUUUUUAAUUUUUAGCAAAGACUGAAAAAAGCAUUGGCAGUCGCCACCAGCUACCAUGACCUGUGAUUUUCAACGAUUAGAAACAACCACUCAAUACCCUUAUCUCAUCAACCAACAUAUCCAAAAAUCAAUAAAAUCUAACGGUUAAAUUUCAUAAAUCUAACCUUAAACUUCUAGUUAAACCCAACGUGCAUAAACGCAUUGGCAAUUGCCACCGGCUAAAGUGGCUGGUGGUUUUCAUCAAUCAGAGGCAAUCAUUGAACACCCUUAUUCUCAUUGACCAAUAUACUCAAAAUCCAUAAUUUUUUAAAAAUUCAGGGUAGGCAUUUAGAAAAAAAGAAGAAGUUAUUAUAUAUAAUAAUUUUUUUAAAAAUUUAGGGUGGGCAACUGCCCACCUUUGGCUAUACAUGGCUCCGCCACUGGCUUUAACAAAGGGUUCUAGAAUGGGUGGACUAAUUUGUUCCCGUACAGUUGUGGGGGUGGCUUGGUCUGCCAAAGACAAGUAUCAAAGCAGACGAUGAGUCGUAUUGGGAAGCAGUUUGGUGAACCAAUACAUGAUGGGAUCACGGGAUCUCAUCCGAGAAAUCAAGGAGUACGGAUCAAAUGCGCAACGAAAGUAACCAACAUGCUCUUUGAGCUUGAGGAAGAACUUCAGUUGGCACUUCUCAGAGCUCCUAAUGAGGAGAAUCUUUUUCUAGAUAGGGUUUUUGAUCUAUUUGAUGAAAAGAAAAAUGGUGUGAUUGAAUUUGAUGAAUUUGUCCAUUCACUCAGCGUCUUUCACCCUCAUGCGCCCAUGGAAGAUAAAAUAGAGUUUGCAUUCAGGCUGUAUGAUUUGAGGCAAACUGGGUUUAUUGAAAGAGAAGAAGUAAAGCAAAUGGUGGCUGCAAUUUUGAUGGAGUCUGACCUGAAGCUCCCUGAAGAAUUUCUCGAGGCUAUUGUUGACCAGACAUUUGUUGAUGCUGAUGCUGAUAUGGAUGGCAAAAUCAACAAGGAGGAAUGGAAGGCUUUUGUAGAUCGAAACCCUACCCUCUUGAAGAACAUGACUCUUCCUUAUCUUAAGGACAUCACCUCUGCAUUUCCAAGUUUUGUUUUCAAUACGGAGGUUGAAGAUUGAGAGAUGCUGAAAUGGUGCCAUUAAUGACAGAGAAGAGAAUGGUGGUCGUUAGAUGGGUGGGUCAUCAUGAUCUUGUCCAUGUGUAUAUUUAUAGCGAAAUCUACGUAGAAGAAGGACCCCUUUUAUUGGUAUUGUGCAGGGCAGAGGUCUUCGUGAAUAGCUUCUCUCCUCUGUACCCUUCCUUUACAUGUAAAAGUCGACUUUGCUUACCCAUCAUCAAUGUCCUGCGGCCAGGUGGCCUGCAAUUGUGCCCCACCCCUUUUAGUGCUAUUAUAUAUGUAUAUAUUAUACAUAUAUUUGAUGAUCAGUAA